AUGACGUUUCAGCAACCAUAGCGUUUGGCAAGAUUCCUUGGAUAUUAUGACAGACGUUAGACCUGCAGAUCUUAGCCUAGAAUGCAUAGGGUCCAUCUGCAGCGAUACAGAACAUCCUGAUGGUAUGCACAGCACAGAUCCAUAACAUGCGUUAGUAUGGCUUGUGAUCGGUGAGCCACAAGCAAAUUUUGGAUCUCUAGUAGUAACAUCAAUUUUCAAUUUCUAUCUCAGCAACCCCCAUGGAAAUCGAAUCGGCCGACGUGAUUAGGCUUAUUGAGCAAUUCCUCAAGGAGCACAACUUGAAGCGCACACUUGACGUCCUGCAAAGCGAAUCGUCAAUCCGGCUGAACACUAUUGACAAUAUCGAUGCCUUCAAGAGCAAUAUUUUAAAGGGUCGGUGGGACAUUGUGUUAGGCAGCGUUGAACAGGCUAAUCUCGAGCCCAGCAGGCUUAUCGAUUUGUAUGAGCAAGUAAUCUUUGAGCUUGCCGAGUUGCUUGACCUGGCUCCUGCCCGCGUCCUGCUUCGACAGACGGAGCCAAUGCAGAUCAUGCGGACAGAACAGCCUGAGCGCUAUCUCAGGCUGGAGCAGCUGCUGUCGCGGACCACAUUCGAUGCGCAAUUUGUGUACAAGGGAGAGGGUACCAAGGAAUCAAGGCGCGCAGCGAUUGCAGAGAGUCUGACGGCAGAGGUCACGUCGGCCCAGCCAUCCCGUCUUUUGACUCUUUUGGGGCAGGCACUGAAGUGGCAACAGGAGCAGGGGAGCAUCACGCUUGGUGACAGGUACGAUCUGUUCUACGGGAAGAAGCAUGCUGUCCAGCAGGGAGAAGAUAAAGUACCGUCGAAGAUCCAUGCCACGAUAAAGUUCCCAAAGAAGCAGCACCCAGAGAGUUUAGCGUUUUCGCCAAGCGGCAACUAUGUGGCCACAGGGAGUGCCGAUGGGUUCAUUGAGAUUUGGAACCCCAUGACUGGCAAGCUGCGUACCGAUCUGAAGUACCAGGCUGACAGCGCACUGAUGAUGAUGGACCAGUCGGUGACAUGCUUGUCGAUCAGCUGCAGUGGUGAGGCUAUUUGCUCGGGCUCAAGCGAUGGAAAGAUAAAGGUGUGGAAUGUAAAAACUGGGGCUUGCACGAGGCGGAUUCCUGCAGCACACAGCCAGGGUGUCACCUGUAUUGCGUUUUCCAAAGACAGCACGCAGGUUAUCAGCGGCGGGUUCGAUAACACUGUUCGGAUUCAUGGGCUCAAGUCUGGAAAAUGCAUCCGUGAGUUUGUUGGCCACACCGCGUACAUCACCAGCGUUCUGUUCAGCGACGAUAUGUCCCGCGUCGUCAGCACAUCUGGGGAUGGCUCAGUCCGUAUUUGGGAUACCAAAUCGGCCAGUUGCAUGCACACCAUCGUACCAAAUGAGAGGAAUGCUGGUUUGGCUCUGCCUGAGACGCAUAGCGCAGCGCGUGUCCCUGGAUCGUCGACCGAUAUUUUUGUAUGCACCAAGUCACCUACCAUGUAUAUUGUCACCCUUGACGGCGAUGUCAAAAAGACAUUUAGCCCAAAAGAAGGUGCUUGCAACGAAUUCCUUUGUGCGAGCAUCACACCUCAAGGCAAGUACAUCCUCGCUGUCUCUGACAAGUCGGAAUUGUUCAGCUUCAGUAUCGAGUCAGGAAUAUGCCAGGGACAGACAAAGAUUUCGGAGCAUGGUAUCCUUGGGAUGGCGAAUCACCCGACAUUAAACAUGACCGCAUUUUUCUUCAAUGACAGGAAGGUGCCGAUAUGGACGUCUGAAUAGAUGUAUUUGCUUUAACAAAACACAAGAUGCAGCGUGCAGCCAUGCUACACAGUUUGCC